ACGGACGGACGCUGGCUGGUCUCGGGCAGGAUGACGGCGGCCUUGGCGGCCGGAGGCUACACGCGGAGUGACACGAUGGAGAAGCUGCCCUCUGUCAUGGCGGGAGUUCCGGCGCGGAGAAGCCAGUCCUCCCCGCCCCCUGCCCCACCGCUCUGCCUCCGGCGGAGGACGCGACUCGCGGCGGCUCCCGAGGACACCGUGCAGAACCGGGUGACACUUGAGAAGGUGCUUGGCAUCACAGCCCAGAACAGCAGUGGUCUAACCUGCGACCCUGGCACAGGACAUGUGGCCUACUUAGCAGGCUGUGUGGUGGUGAUCUUGAACCCCAAGGAGAACAAGCAGCAGCAUAUCUUUAACACUACCAGGAAGUCCCUGAGUGCUCUGGCCUUCUCCCCAGAUGGGAGGUACAUAGUGACAGGAGAGAACGGGCACAGGCCAGCCGUGCGUGUCUGGGAUGUGGAGGAGAAAACGCAGGUUGCAGAGAUGCUGGGCCACAAGUAUGGUGUGGCCUGUGUGGCCUUCUCACCCAAUAUGAAGCACAUCGUGUCCAUGGGCUACCAGCAUGACAUGGUCCUCAAUGUUUGGGACUGGAAGAAAGACGUUGUGGUGGCUUCCAACAAGGUGUCGUGUAGAGUCAUCGCCCUCUCCUUCUCUGAGGACAGCAGCUACUUUGUCACUGUUGGCAAUCGGCAUGUGAGGUUUUGGUUCUUGGAAGUCUCCACUGAAGCAAAGGUGACGGGCACAGUGCCGCUGGUAGGGCGCUCGGGCAUCCUGGGUGAGCUGCACAACAACAUCUUCUGCGAUGUCGCCUGUGGCCGGGGCCAGAUGGCGGGCAAUACCUUCUGCGUGUCCUACUCUGGCCUGCUCUGCCAGUUCAGUGAGAAGCGGGUGCUGGAAAAGUGGAUCAACCUGAAGGUAUCCCUGGCUUCCUGCCUGUGUGUCAGUGAGGAGCUGAUCUUCUGCGGGUGCACAGACGGCAUAGUCCGAGUCUUCCAGGCCCACAGCCUGCACUACCUCGCCAACCUGCCAAAGCCCCACUACCUAGGAAUAGAUGUGGCACAGGGCCUGGACUCCAGCUUCCUCUUCCACAGAAAAGCAGAAGCCGUCUACCCCGAUACAGUGGCACUGACCUUUGACCCCAUCCACCAGUGGCUGACCUGUGUCUACAAAGACCACAGCAUCUACGUCUGGGACGUCAAGGACAUCAGCAAAGUCUGCAAGAUAUGGUCGGAGCUUUUCCACAGCUCCUUUGUCUGGAACGUGGAGGUGUAUCCUGAAUUUGAAGAUCAGAGAGCUUGCCUGCCGUCCGGCUCUUUUCUGACUUGCUCCUCAGACAACACCAUCCGCUUCUGGAAUAUGAAUAGGAGCUCUGACACUCAGUGGCGGAAAAACAUCUUCAGCGAUACCCUGCUGAAGGUGGUGUAUGUGGAGAAUAACACCCAGCACCUACAGGACAUGUCUCACUUUCCAGACCGGGGCAGUGAGAACGGCACACCCAUGGAUAUGAAAGCUGGGGUUCGAGUCAUGCAGGUCAGCCCCGACGGCCAGCACUUGGCUUCAGGUGACCGCAGUGGAAAUCUGAGGAUCCACGAGCUGCACUUCAUGGAUGAGCUGAUCAAGGUGGAGGCCCAUGACGCUGAGGUGCUAUGCCUGGAGUAUUCCAAGCCUGAGACAGGAGUGACUUUGCUGGCUUCAGCCAGUCGGGACCGGCUCAUCCACGUGUUAAAUGUGGAGAAGAACUACAACCUGGAGCAGACCCUGGACGACCACUCCUCCUCCAUCACAGCCAUUAAGUUUUCUGGCACCAGAGAUGUGCAGAUGAUCAGCUGUGGAGCUGACAAGAGCAUCUACUUUCGCAGUGCCCAGCAGACCUCGGAUGGGCUGCACUUUGUCCGUACCCACCAUGUAGCAGAGAAGACCACCUUGUAUGACAUGGACAUUGACAUCACACAGAAGUAUGUGGCAGUGGCCUGCCAGGACCGCAAUGUGAGGGUCUACAACACGGUGAGUGGGAAACAGAAGAAGUGCUACAAGGGCACCCAGGGCGACGAAGGGUCCCUGCUGAAGGUCCACGUGGACCCCUCGGGCACCUUCCUGGCCACAAGCUGCUCCGACAAAAGCAUCUCAGUGAUUGACUUUUAUUCAGGCGAGUGUGUUGCCAAGAUGUUUGGCCACUCAGAAAUUGUCACUGGCAUGAAGUUCACCUAUGACUGCCGCCACUUGAUCACAGUUUCUGGAGACAGCUGUGUGUUCAUCUGGCACCUGGGUCCAGAGAUCACCACCAACAUGAAGCAGCACCUGCUGGAGAUCAACCACCGAGAGCAGCAGCAGCAGCAGCAGCCCAAGGACCAGAAAUGGAGCAGCCCUCCCAGCCAGGAGACAUAUGCAUGCAUACCCAGCGAGAUUCGCUCCUUGAGCCCUGGAGAGCAGACGGAAGAUGAGAUGGAGGAGGAGUGUGACCCAGAAGAGCUCCUGAAAACACCGUCCAAAGAGAGCCUGGAUCCAGAUCCUCAGUGCCUGCUGACCAAUAGCAAGCUGCCACUCUGGGCGAAGCGCCUGCUCGGAGAUGAGGAUGUGACAGACAGUUCAGCUUUCCAUGCCAAGCGCAGCUACCAGCCACAUGGUCGCUGGGCAGAGAGGGCCGAGCAGGAACCCCUCAAGACCAUCCUGGAUGCCCGAGCCCUGGAUUCCUACUUUACACCCAUGAAGCCUGAUAACCUAGAAGACUCUGUUCUGGACUCAGAGGAGCCACCGAGCCUGGCAGGCUUGCUAAGUGAGUGCUCACACGGUAACGGACAUAUGCCUCAGGGAGAAGGCUUGGCGAGCUACCCUCGUCACUCUGAGUCAGAGAAUUCCCAAGAGGACAGCCGAGGACAUCCCUCCUUCUUGCCUCUACAGAGGGAAUCCACUGAGCCGAGAGAACGCCUCCUCUGCUCCCCAGAGGCAGAGGUGACAGUCGAAGGCAGGCACAGGUGCUGCACGGAGUACUACGAGGACGAGGAUGAGGCAGGAGCAGACCAGCAGGGCGACUCCUAUCUCAGGGUCUCCUCCGUUAGCUCAAAGGAUCAGAGCCCACCCGAGGACUCUGGGGAGUCGGAGGCUGAAUUGGAGUGCAGCUUUGCCCAUUUCUCAGCUCCACGCACAGACCCCGGCCCUCGCCUCACCAGGGCGAUGCCCCGUGAACCAGAGCACCUGAGUACAGAAGAGCUUUCUCAGCCUGAGAUGGCAGACUUGGCCAGCAGCUCCUUACCCCAGACCCCUGAGCAGGAGAAGUUCCUCCGCCACCAUUUUGAGACCCUUACUGAUGCCCCUACUGAAGAGCUCUUUCGUGGACCACUGGGAGACAUAAAGAUCUCGGAGGUUGAUGACUUCUUCCUCAGUCCCCGGCUGAGCAUCUCCACCCAGUUCCUCUCACGCCUCCAGAAGCCCUCCAGGUUCCCUCCCCGGCUGCCCCUGCACCUUAUGAAGUCUCCAGAGGUCAAGCCCACAGGCCAAGGGGGCAGCCAGCCUAGAGCAAGGCUCCUGAGAGCAGGUACUGGCUACAUGUCCUCAGAUGGGACCAAUGUCCUCCCGGGGCAGAAAGCUGAGGAGACUCCGGAGGCCUUGUGUCUACCAAGUGAAUGUCCCCACUCCCAGAGGAACAGCCCUGGAUGCCCAGCCGCGUCCUCUGCAGGCCUGGUGUCCCGUGCCUGUUCCUCCAUGCCACCUCCAGACAGGAAGCCUCCAACACCCACAUCUGUACCUGCUGCAGGCCUGGGCCAGAGCAUCUGUGCCCCCUCUGUGUGUUCUUACCUGGAGACCACAGCCAGCUCACAUGCCAAGAUAACACGCAGCAUCUCUCUUGGGGACAGCGAGGGCCCCGUGACAGAUGAGCUGUCCAGGGCACUUCACAAGCCUGUAUCCAUGGGAGAAUUGGUUUCCCCGGACCAGGAACUCCACGCUGACCCCACCACAGUGACCUCUACUUCUAGCAUUCAAGGCCAAGAGCCUGCCUUGCCUUCCUGGGGUAACCAUGAGGCCCGGGCCAACCUGAAACUGACCUUAUCCAGUGUCUGUGACCAGCUCCUCUGUCCGCCCACUGUGGAGCCACCCACCACACAUGGAUGGUCUCAGGAGCCUGUGGACACCCAGCCUGGUGUGGCGGUGACAGCAACCAGCUUCCCAGCACCCAGCCCCGUGGAUGCGAGCACCCUGAGACUCCACAGCUCUGUGUUUCUCCCAAAGGCCUCAGCCUCUGUGCCCCUUAUCCCUCCUGCUCAUCCCAGCAACCUCCAACCUGUAGAGAGCCGGUCCAGGAUGCCUGGGAGCAGUGCUGCACCCCCGGAGCCCGCUGCCGAUGCACCAAGUGCGAUCCCGGGCAGCCCUGGACAUGCUGGGGAGCCAGCACUCCCAGCUGAGGCCCUGCCCACAGCACUCCUUGAUCUGGGCAGUGUGGAACCAGUCUUGCACAGGCUGCGCACUGCCUUCCAGGAAGCCCUGGACCUUCACCGAAUGUUGGUCUCCAGCAACCAGCCGGGGGCCGAACACCAACAGGCACAGACCGAGCUGGCCUCCGCCUUCCACUGGAUCCACAGCCAGCUGGAAGCCAGCAACUGGAUGGCUGCCCCUAACUUGGCCAGACCUCAAACACUGCCUAACCCAAAUCCUGCGUCCCCACCUACACUCUGUCCCCUGGCCAGCCCAAACCUGCAGGCCCUGCUGGAACACUACUCAGAACUGCUAGUACAGGCUGUGAGAAGGAAGGCACGGGGGGACUGAGAUAUUGCAGCCCUCUCCCAAAGCCCUCCUGUUCUGAAGGAAUAGACUUGUGAGCAAAUAAACUGACACUUGUUUCCACAACCUGUCCUGUCUGCAAAGCCCUCCUCAGUGGACGCAGAGAGAGGAUAGAGGGCCUCUGCAUGAAUGAGCCAGCUUGGAAACUUAGCUUUGCUUUAGCUCCAGGCCCUGUUGUGUUGACCUGCUGACAGCAAGCACAGGACCAGCGAUAAUGGUGAAUGCAUAUCCUGGCUUCCUGUAGCCCAUCCCAGCAUCCUGAGCUGUUGCGGGGUCAGGUGGCACUUUGCCAUUGA